AAGAGACCAAGAUGGCGUCGGCGCCGUCCGCUUCGACGGGCCUGGCGGGGGGCCGAGCGCCGCGGCGCACGGCCGGGAACCGGCUCUCGGGACUGCUCGAAGCGGAGGAGGAUGAGUUCUACCAGACGACCUACGGGGGAUUCACGGAGGAGUCGGGGGAUGACGAGUACAAAGGCGACCAGUCGGACAGUGACGACGAAGUUGACUCUGAUUUCGAUAUUGAUGAAGGCGACGAGCCCAGCAGCGACCAGGACGAUGACGGGCCCAAGAGGAAGCGCAGGGUGGUCACCAAAGCCUACAAGGAACCCAUCAAAAGCCUGAGGCCCAAGAAACCGGAUGCACCCGCCAGCAGCUCCCAGAAGGCGAGGGAGGAAAGGUCCAUGCCAGCUGAGCUCCAGGAUGACGUGGGAGAUAGCCGCAAAACCAUGCGUCAGUCGACGACGGAGCACACGCGCCAAACCUUCCUACGCGUGCAGGAGCGCCAGGUGCAGUCAAAGCGCAAGAAGGGGGCUGGCCCGAGCUACGACCGGCCGCUCACCCAGGAAGAGCUGCUCGAAGAGGCCAAGAUAACGGAGGAGAUCAACUUGCGCUCUCUGGAGACAUAUGAGCGCCUCGAGGCAGACAAAAAGCGGCAAGUCCAGAAGAAACGCAAGUGCCUGGGGCCGACAAUCCGCUACUACUCGGGGGCUAUGCCCCUCAUCUCUGACCUGGGCUACAAGGAAGAGAACGUGGAUGUUGAAGGUUUGGACCAGGAUGCGCAGCCGCCCUCAGAGGCUCUGCCCAUGACUUCCGCCCCGGCUGCGAAAUGCUCCCGCACCUUCAUCACCUUCAACGAUGACGAGACCUUCGAGCGCUUCUUCCCCAGAUCCCGCGCCCCCAAGCUGCCCGUGAAGGAGAUCUGCCCGGUCACCCACAAGGCCGCCAUCUACCGCGACCCCAUCACCGACAUCCCCUACUCCAACAUCCGGGCCUUCAAGAUCAUCCGGGAGGCCUACAAGAAGUACAUCACGGCUCACGGCUUGCCCAAUGCGGCGGCAGCCUCGGCCGCCCUUGGGGUGGGCCCCCUGGUGACCGACUCCAAUGUCCGGGCCACCAGGCAGAAGAUCAUCAUCAAACAGAGCGUCCCAGCCACGUAG